AUGCUAGAGACUGCUAAAUCACUAACCGAUUGUCCCAUCGUUAAUCUGGAAAUUCUCGACCUGAACGAAGAAAACCUCCUUGCGCUGCCAAAGGUGUUCUCCAGACCAAGCCUACCGAUUACUCGUGAUAGUGUACAGGAUCAAAGUGAU